AUGGUUGACCCCGAAGAGUGCUCUUUCCAGAAUAUACAAUUAUCUUCGCAGGGCGCGGAGCGACAGCGCAAAGACGUGCUCAAAGUGGCGCUUCGCUUCGAGCGAAUGCUUGAGCAACGACGAUUGCUGGAGGAGUGUCGCGAGAUGAACGACCAGGAGAUCUUGAAUGACAUUGUGAGUCGCUACAACAACUACAAAGCGACUGCGGCAAUACGCAAGUGGCAACUGUCCCAAGACAUGGCCAACGCAGUGUCAGGAAUUGUGCUGGGCAUUUGCCCAGAUGCACGAGAAGAGAUUAGAGGACAUCUCGACCACAAUAAGUGGGAGCAGAGAUACAGCGAGACCAUCUUGCGGAUUAAGCGGCACCAGCUCAACGAGAGCCCAAAAGGUAUGGAGCCUCACUGGCAGAAGAUCCUCACAGUGCUUGUGGUUUGUGCAAGUCAGGUGACGCAAGAGUCGCAGGUUCUGGCGUUCAAACGCUACAACUUCUGGGACUAUGUGCAGGACUUUGAUGCGUUGUUGCUCAGCAGACCAUCACGGCUGACUGUGCAAAUGCUGGCCAUUUGGCAAGACCGGGUGGGGCGUCCGCUUGCAAAAGGUUCUGGAGCAGAAUCGGGCAUGGACAAAACAGUGGAUGUGGACGAGGCAGUGAGCUACAACAUUCGGAAGAACCGGGUGGAUAGCAACAAGCACGUGCAGAAGGUCUUACACAUGAGAAGCCAGAUUGAGGAAGGGCUCAGGUUGGCAGAGAACUGGAUGUCCAAGAAAUGCUUCAUGGUGUGCACCAGCAACAACCACAAGGAUGGCACAGGUUACCUGGAUUUGACCAAGUUCGGCCGUCUGAACGCUGUGGACGUCGAGACCAUUGGAGCUUGGUGCCUGAAGACUUUGAAUCUCAACCCUGACUACAGCGUCAUUUUCAUUGUGGCCCCGGCUCUUGCCGGGGACGGCAUACUGAACGGACUUCGAGGAGAGCACAGGCGGCUUGAGGACAAGCUUCUGCAGAUGGGAAUGGACAUGAAGAACAUCUCCAUUGCCUAUGACGUGGCAUCAUUACACGGCAACAGGUGCUUUCCGUGUGUGCUCCCGGGAUGGAUCGUUGCGCUGGAAACCACGCUUGGAUCAAAACAAGGCACGUUGUUCAAGGCUCCUCGCAACGCCGACAAGCCCAAGGAUGAUUCCAAUGUUUGGACGAAAUCCGACUACUGGAACUUGUUGGCAAACAAGCCAACUGAAUGGAAGCAGACGAAGGGCCAGAUGUCCACCAUUCUCCCAAAGUUCGUGCCAGAGCCUCCUCCUGAUUGCGAGAUGGCGCUACCUGCACAACCAAGCUUCAAGAUUUGCAGUAUGACUACCUCGGGAAACCUGGUCAUUCCACAAGAAAUUCGAUCGAAGUGGUUGGAAGACGCUGUUCGAAAUCCGGAUUGGAGAGUCCGUCUUCGGAACUUUGACGCUGUAUUUGCACCAACAGCAGAGGCAAGCUCUCCAGUGACAGUGGCACCAACACAAGCAGCAGCAGAGGUGGAUCUUGGAACCGCGCCAAAGGCAAACCAGGACACGCCAGCAGACCUUACUCCAUCAUCUUUGACAAAGGAAGCCUUCCAGAGCAAGUAUCCCACAGUGGUUGCAUCUGUGACAGUGCAAAUGGGAGUCACUGCGCAGGAUUUUUUGAGCAAGCCUCAGAACGAGAACAAGGCCGUGGAGUUUAGGCUGAACACCCAACAUGACCAUGUGGUCUUGGAAGAGCAAAGCUCUCAAGGCACUACUGAUUCACCUCCAAUGACCCUGUUUGACCUUAUCAUCAAGUUGGAGAAGGCAGGCCAUUUGGACACCACAAGUUGUGGUCACCAAAUCUCCAGACCGCCCACAGUUGCACGUGGAGAAGAAACUGACAGGCCAGGUAUCAGAAAAAGUGUUCAACUAUUAGAAAAGCCUACGGCACAUAGAAGUGGUUUGUACUGUGGGUGGCCAAUGGUGGCCAUUGGUGGCCAUGUAUAG